CCUGGAGGUUCUACGACAGCAAACUCGUUCAAUUGCUGCACUCAAGAGGAAAUCUCAACUCAAGACGAAGGAAAAAAGUUGCAUUUUGUCAGUCCGGCACGACGGAAAUCAGUUCUGGCCCCCAUACUGAAUAAGAUCAAAAAUGGUGCCGAUGCCCCGGACUUGGCUGAAAAGAAAUUGGGUAGUGAGAGCAGCGGCAGUGGUCACAUAGCCGUCCAAAUAGAGCCAGCCAGACGGGUGAAGCGUCACAGUAUUCACGGCAUGAUGGAGGAGGAGAACACUAUACGACCACAUCAAGAGAUUCGACAGCUCACGCUGGAGGAGAAGAAAUUCCUUUUGGCUGUGGAGCGAGGCGAUAUGGCUGGAACUCGUCGCAUGCUGCAAAAGGCUCAGGAUACGGACUACAUCAAUGUGAAUUGUGUAGAUCCGCUGGGUCGCACAGCAUUGCUAGCCUCAAUUGACAAUGAGAAUCUGGAAAUGGUUCAGUUACUAAUCAAUUACAACGUCGUCACCACAGAUGCUCUAUUGCAUUCCAUAUCGGAGGAAUUCGUGGAGGCAGUGGAAGUUCUCCUCGACCAUGACAAUGUCACCUUUCAAAAUGAGGGCAAUCACAGCUGGGAAUCUGCUUCGGAGGAUACCUCAACAUUUACACCCGAUAUAACGCCCCUGAUAUUGGCCGCCCAUCGUGAUAACUAUGAGAUAAUCAAGAUCCUGCUCGAUCGCGGUGCUGUCCUGCCCAUGCCGCACGAUGUUCGUUGCGGUUGCGAUGAAUGUGUGCAAUCGCGGCAGGAGGACUCACUGAGGCAUUCCAGAUCCCGCAUCAAUGCCUAUCGGGCCUUGGCCAGUCCCAGCCUGAUAGCUCUGUCCUCAAAGGAUCCGAUUUUGACAGCAUUUGAGCUAUCAUGGGAGCUGCGACGUUUGAGUUUUCUGGAACAUGAAUUCAAGAAUGAAUAUCAGGAGCUCAGGAAACAAUGCCAGGACUUUGCCACUGCCUUGCUAGAUCACACACGGACCUCACAUGAACUGGAAAUAUUGCUUAACCACGAUCCCACCGGUCCGAUCUAUGAACAUGGUGAACGUAUGCAUUUAAAUCGCCUCAAAUUGGCCAUCAAACUAAGACAAAAGAAGUUUGUGGCCCAUUCGAAUGUUCAGCAGCUAUUAGCCAGCAUUUGGUAUGAGGGGUUACCUGGCUUUCGACGCAAAAAUAUGGCCCUUCAGGCUGUGGAUAUCAUUCGCAUAGGCAUAUUGUUUCCCAUCUUUUCGUUGGCCUACAUAUUGGCACCAUAUUCGAGCAUUGGACAAACUAUGCGAAAGCCCUUCAUUAAGUUUAUAUGCCACAGUGCUUCGUAUUUUACAUUUCUUUUUCUUUUAAUGCUGGCCUCUCAGAGAAUCGAAUCCUUUAUUGGUGGAUGGUUUUUUACCGAUGAUAUUAGCAUUAACAAUCCCAGCACCGCCAACAUCAAUCCGCUCAAUAAAGUUGAGGAGGAAGUGCCCACGAAACGCGGUGCCAAGCCCACUUUUAUUGAAUGGCUAAUCCUUGCCUGGGUUAGUGGCCUCAUUUGGAGCGAAGUCAAACAGCUUUGGGAUGUCGGCCUACAGGAAUAUCUAAAUGAUAUGUGGAAUGUUAUUGAUUUUGUGACGAAUUCCCUUUAUGUGGCUACUGUGGCUUUGCGUGUGGUUUCCUUUUUUCAGGUUCAAAAGGAAAUGAUUUUCAAUUCACAGGCCACCGAUUUACCGCGUGAGCGUUGGGAUGCAUGGGACCCAAUGCUCAUUUCGGAGGGUUUAUUUAGUGCAGCGAACAUUUUCAGUAGCCUCAAAUUGGUUUACAUCUUCUCGGUGAAUCCACAUUUGGGGCCACUGCAAGUGUCUCUAUCGCGCAUGGUCAUGGACAUCAUGAAGUUUUUCUUUUUAUACGUUUUGGUUCUAUUUGCCUUUGGCAGUGGUCUAAAUCAGCUCUUAUGGUACUAUGCAGAUCUGGAGAAGAAACGCUGCCCCGAGGUAUCGCCAACAAGUGUGCUCCUUAACAUGAAUGGCACAACUGACCCAAAUGCCUGCAUUGUCUGGCGAAGAUUUUCCAACCUCUUUGAGACUACUCAAACAUUAUUCUGGGCUGUAUUUGGUCUGAUCGACUUGGACAGCUUCGAACUGGAUGGCAUUAAGAUAUUUACACGUUUCUGGGGCAUGCUCAUGUUUGGCACUUAUUCGGUGAUCAACAUAGUUGUCUUACUCAACCUGCUCAUAGCCAUGAUGAAUCAUUCGUAUCAGCUGAUAUCGGAACGAGCUGAUGUUGAAUGGAAAUUCGCCCGCUCCAAACUGUGGAUCAGUUACUUUGAAGAAGGUGGAACCUGCCCGCCGCCUUUCAAUAUCAUUCCAACACCCAAAUCCAUUUGGUAUGCCAUCAAAUGGAUGCGUCGUGUAUUUUGCAGCGGAUCAUCGGCUGCUCGACGUGAGCAUUUAAAGACCAUUAGACGUAAGGCUCAACAGGCCAGCGAUCGGGACUUUAAGUAUCAACAGAUAAUGCGAAAUCUGGUGCGUCGUUAUGUCACUGUGGAGCAACGCAAGGCCGAAUCUCAGGGUGUUACAGAAGACGAUGUGAAUGAGAUCAAACAGGAUAUAUCCGCCUUUCGUUGUGAAUUGGUUGAGAUACUCAAGAAUAGCGGCAUGGAUACAAAUGUAACCGCUGGCCAGGGUGGAGGUGGCGGUGGCAAAAAGAAUCGUCAGAAAGAGCGUCGCUUGAUGAAAGGUUUCAAUAUAGCCCCACCUGGCUCCACAGGCUCUUUGGCCCCCGUGGCGGAAUUCUCCACCUCCUUGGAUAACUAUGAUAAUCAGCAUGAGAUUCUCAGUUCAACCCUAUCAACACUUUUUACACCAAAUUUCAUGCACAAACGUCAUCAUGGGGGCAAUGGUAAUGGGAAUACGGGUCCAGGUGGUUCCGAAUCACCAACGACACCCACACAGAGCAAUGGCUCGAAUGCUGUGGCCGCAGUUGGUGCAACCAAAUACAAUAAAUCCGCCUUGAAGCCCUAUAAUAAACGCAUUGCGGGUCACAAAAAGCGUUGGGGCACUCUGAUUGAGGCUGCUAAAGUGGGAAAUGUUAGCAAAAUGCUAGGACGCUCAAAAUCAGAGGAUUCGGUCUGUAAUUCAUCGCACAAUUCAACACCAGUUCAUGGUCAGGUAAGGGUGACGUAUGCCCAGAAUUCACCACAGCACUCGGCCUACGGAUAUCAUGGAGAACAGCAGAAUGGUGGUGGAUCAGCCACAACGACAGCAUCAGCAACACAACCACCACCACCGCAACAGAUCGCAGCUCCCAUAACAACGCACUCUAGUCAUGUAGGCGUGGGAUCGCAUUUUUUCCAUACAUCUGGCGGACUCACUGCUAUUGCCGCCCUUAAGCGCAAACGCAAAAAGUUCUCGUCCAGCAAAAAUAUAUGUCCAGUCACCGAAUCAGUGGGACCUGCUGUCAAUGCUGCCGAUUUGCUAAAUGAUAAGACCCUAAAACGUGUCUCUAGUUAUCCGGCUGCUACAGCCGAGGGCGGUGUCCAGCAUAAAGAUCCAGCUCAUUUGGUGAAACCGCGGCGACAUGAGCAAACACAAAGCCAACACGACUCGGUGGAGACAUCAACAUUUACACUGUCCAUUGAUCCAUCCAAUACGUCGGUCAACUCAAGGGAACCAUUGAUUAGUAGUGGGUGUGUCUCAACCAUGGGUGCCAUUGGCUGAGCAAACACAACAAACUUUUAAGAACACGCGCGCACACACACACACACACACACAUACAAUAACUUAGAUAAAAACUAAAACAAAGAUAUAGUAACUAACUACAAACAUAUACUGCACCUGAUACAAAAACAGACAAAACUAAAUUUUCUUUCAAAAUGCAAAUGGAAAAUGACAGUUUU